CGUUGCACAAUUAGCGGCCUGCGGGUCCAGUUACUUAUAAGUGGUCCUUUCACACUUGACCACGAGCAUCGUCACGGUGUCAGUGCACAAUGUCUACUGUUCUACUCCUCGCUUUAACAGUUUCCGUGAUCACCUACAUCGCAUGGGCUCGCCUGAGUCGACAUCGUGUACGACUUCCACCGGGGCCUUCGCGUCUACCUUUUGUGGGUAGUGUUCACCACCUUCCCUUGGAGUACCAACACAAGAAGUUUGUCGAACUCGCCAAAACGUUUGGCGAUGUCAUCUUCCUCCAGUUAUUCAGCCGCCCGACCGUGGUUCUCAACUCUCUGGACGCCGCCUCAGACCUGCUCGAGAAGAGGAGCAGCAAGUAUUCCGACCGCCCUCGCUUCAUUCUGACCGCAAUGAUGGGCUUUGAUCUGGCCAUGAGCAUCAUGCCCUACGGCGAACAGUGGAGGCGCCACCGCAGGUGGUUCGCCGCCGCAUUCGUCGACAAGAAGCUGGAAAGCUACGUCCCCAUCCAACAACGCGAGACGCACAGGCUCCUCGUCGGUCUGCUAGAGUCGCCGGAUGCGUUCCUGGCGCUCAUCAAGCGGUACGUUGGCGCGUUGAUGAUGGAGGUUGCGUACGGCCACGAAGUCACGUCGCUCGACGACGAGAUCGUCGUGCUGGCUGAGAAAGCUGUAGGCGCCGCGACGGAGGCUGGAAGUCCAGCCGCCACGCUCAUCGACUUUGUGCCGAUCCUGCAAUGGAUCCCCGCGUGGCUGCCUGGAGGGCGCUGGAAGAUGCGCGCGGCCGAGGUGCGCCAGAUGGUGCGGAGGACGAGCGACGUCCCGUUUGCGCGUGUGCAGGCUGCCAUCGCCGCAGGUACGGCACGGCCAUGCUUCUUGUGGUCGCUGCUGGAAGAGGAGGGUGAGACGUCGGAGGAAGAGCUUGAAGAGAUCAAGGCCGCCGCUAACCUCGUCUACGGCGCGGGCACGGAUACGACGGCCACCGUGUUGAACGCGUUCGUGCUCGCGAUGGUCCUCCACCCCGACGCGUGCAAGAAAGCCCAGGAAGAGAUCGACCGCGUCAUUGGUGACGCGCGGUUGCCCGACUUCGGAGAUCGUGCUUCUCUGCCAUACGUCGAGGCCCUCUUCAAGGAGGUGUACCGGUGGAUCCCACCUGUGCCUCUCGGACUUCCUCACCGCCUCACGGAGGACGACAGCUACCGCUGCUACACGAUCCCCGAAGGGUCGAUGAUGAUCCCCAACGUCUGGGGCAUGACGCGCAACGCCGACAUCUAUCUCGACCCGGAGACCUUCCGCCCAGAACGCUUCCUCGAGAUGGACGCCGCGACCGCCGCCGCCGCCGACCCGCGGAACAUGGCCUUUGGCUUCGGCCGCAGGAUCUGCCCGGGCAAGGAGUUCGCCGACGGAAGCGUGUGGCUCGCGGCCGCGAACGUCCUCGCCGCGUUCGACAUCCGCAAGGCGCGCGAUGCGGCGGGGAGGGAAGUCACGCCCGUGCCGGCGUUCGCCUCGGGGAUGAUCAGCCAUGUUCGCCCGUUCGCGUGUGAUAUCCGGCCGCGCUCGCUGAAGGCAGCGAGGAUGAUCGGGCAGCUUCAAGUUGACGGGGGUGCUUGAUCGGUGUUCGUUCUGUAGUGCUUUCUCGGCGUGCUGCGAUUGCUUUCGUACUCGUUCUUUUUAUCUUGCUUCAUUGAAUUAAUGCAUUCCGUGCGCUUGGCUGCAAUUCUACACGUGG